CUUUAGCCUAGAUAACAAGUAGCGUAACAGCUCCUUGCACCCCUUCCCAGAAAGUAUAACGAAAAAAGUUGAAAUCGCGCCGUUGCAGGAACAACUACAAGAUGUCAACAAACGAAGACCCGUUGGGAUUCGAGUCCACUUCCUUUGGACAGGGCGGUGCGUUUCCUGGGGUGUUACCCGCUGCUGGCGACGAGAUCAUCGCAAAUCCGGUCAUAACCGCGGGCGAUCGCGACAAUGAGUUCAGCAAGACAACUUUCGGUAAUCCCCCGAACGAUGGGACUCAACCUGCCUCGGCUUCGUCCAGUGCGGGCGGAGGUUUCGCGGGCGGUGCCCGGCAGCAGCCGUCGUCCGCUUCCCGCCUUGGGUCGUCUUCCAAGUCGUCGAGCUCCACUUCGCGGGAGCGUCAGAUGUGCGCCAACGAUCCCACCCAGGUGGCGACCGGGUUCUGUCCGGAGCUAGAACUACUGCUCUGCGCUUCCAGUUUCGAAGCCCUCCGACGGAUGCCGGCGUUUUCGCACAUCCGCCUGAUUCCGCUACACGAGAGCCUGCAGAAGCGCCGAAAGGAUCCAGAGACGGGCGAGCCUUACGCCCUCUACGAUUUGGAUCUACAGGUAAACAAAUGACUAUUGGUGGUGAAUGAGAUGUCGAAACAGUCUAUCGUAUUAGCAUUUUUAUCCAGGUUCGUCGGCCUCCAACUGCAUGCAUGAUUGCAUGUACAACUUACGAUAACGAUUACCUAUUUUACUGCAAAAACCUUGCCUUUGCGCACCUCUGGUCGAAAUCAUAUGCCAAUUCUUUCUUUCUCAGGAACCAAUUCCGACGGUUGCGAAGCUGGUGGGGAAGUCGAAGGAUCAUAACUGCUGUUCGCUGGAGGAGGCGGCGAAGCGGAUGCGACAGGACAUGCGAGCGCGCUUAUCGGCUUUGAAAGACCAGAUGAGUAACGCGCGCGUCGCGGGUGGGCACGUGGACAAGUUGAUCUUCACCCUCACGCAGGAAGCGAACGACCGAAAGGCAGAGGUCGAGGAGUAUUUCCAGGCCUUUGCCGCAAAACUGGAGAAAGCCAAAGAGGCGGUGCUGGACGACCUGCACGUCGUCGUCGGAAAACGACUGGAAGCACUGAAAACGCUGGUACGAUGACAGCAUUUUUUGCGCUUCAUGGGUUCUACUACGCAAAAUAGAUGUCAAAAAAUAGUUAGCUACUAGAGAACAAGAGAUGUCAUCAAUCAAAAGAAAACCGCUGCCAAAACUAACAAACUACAGAGCGACCGCCUUCCCACGGUGAUUAGUGUUUCCUCCGAGGCGAUCGACCGUGUGCAGGAGGCGGUGGUGCUGGAAUCCAGCAGCGAGCUCGAGUUCCUCUUUCGCCGAAAGGAACUGGACCUGUGGCUGAAUUCGGUGGAAUCGCGGCUCCAGCUCGGCGGUCACGACCUGUUUUCUGGCGAGGUGAAGGAGCUGCGGAAACGGAGUUUACUUAUCAGCAAGGACGACAACUUCGACUUGUACCUGAAGCAGUGUCUGCGCUUGAACCUGGAGGAGAAAAAUCCGGAGCUGGACCGGUGCUGGGACAUGGUGGACAACUUGCUCGGGCACGCGACACCGAGCUUCUUGCAGCAGUCGGAGGUGGAAAACCGGAACCCUUUUGGGGGAGGUGGCACGACCGGGAGCGACGACGCGGGAGCGGGAGGUGGAGCCGGGUUUGGCGCCACGUCGUCCUCAUUCACCUACGGCCCGACGCCGUCCUGGAGUGCAGCCGGGGCGGGAUCAUCUUCUUUGCGUGGUCCUGGUGAGUCGGUUGCAGAGCAGCAGUCCUCUUUGUGGUCCUUUGGUGGACCGUCGAAGAAGGCGAGCGACAACCCAGCAGAGCUGCCCGGAGCAGGCACUAGCCAGCCCAGUGCAGCAGCAGCAGCAGGUGCAUCUUCCUACAGGAGAGGGGGGUCCUAUGACUCCUUCUCCUCCGAAUUCAGUUUCAAUCCCGCGUCAUCCAGUGCCGCCGUUGGUGGAAGUAGCGGCGAUAAAAACGCACUGUCUGCUCCCUCCGCACCGUCACACCCGUACGGAACCGCGCCGAGUCUGGGAAGAUUUCCGGCGUCCUCCUCCGGUGCGGGUUUCGGAGGCUCGGGUUUUGCGGAACCCUCGGUAGCGCCGCCGAAAGCGACGAAAGAAUUCCGCUUCGACCCUAACUUCUGUGACGGUAGCGUCGUGUUACUUCGCAACAACUUCCGCGAGGCGCAGCGAAAGGUUUUUGCUUUUUCAUAAAAGCUGUUUUUGCACAUGCACAGUUUGAGUGUUUGUGUAGGUUUUGGGUCCAAGAAGCAGCAUGAUCAUACUUACACCGUGAACGAGAAAAUGGGGAAGAAGUUGACAUUCAUGCUUUUUUGCUAUUCACAAAAAUCAAACAGAUUGUCCACGCCCCCUCGGCAAUCGCCAUCAUGGAUACGCUGUUGGAGCCCGGUCAGCAGAUGGAAGUGGUGUUGGACGAAUUGAACCUCUUCCUACCGGACUCGGGCUGGUUUGGGAUCACCCCGGUGCGCUCCAUGGCGUGUCUCCUGGACAGCGCACUGUACCUCAACCUCGCUGCGGGCGAGAUUUGGCGGGAGGGCGUUCUGGUGGAAAAGCUCCACGACAAGCUGUCGGCGUGCGAGGGCGACACCGUGGGAGUGAUCUACUCGGAGACGGAGGAGGUGCAGUUCCUCGUAAACGGGAAGAAGGUCGGACAACCCCUGCGCGACGUCAAGGACUUGCUCUAUCCCUUCGUGAACGUCGUCGGAAAAGUGCUGCGGUUUCGGCUGCCGCCGUGAGUGCAGUGGAGUUGCACAACUAUGCGUUGCGCUUCUAUGUUAAACAGGAUGUAGUCGCACAACGAGGAAAUUAUCACCACUAUAGUGUACUUGGCAGCGCACCGGAUGCCUACAACCCUGCUCGCAUCGCUGAUUCUAGUCGUUGUGAGUGGUGCCAAAUGGAAACAGAAGUCUGAAGCGAUUUUCUAACGGAAUCGGUCCAGG